CGCAAACGCCCAGUCGCCCAGCGCCGCCGUUUCGCGUGGAGGCGUUUCGAAAAGUUUGUUUCGCAGCUCGCGACCGAGGGGGGAAGCAGGCGAUGGCGGCGGCGGCGGUGUCGAGCAUCGGGAUCAUGGACGGCGCCUAUUUCGUGGGGAGGGGCGAGAUCCUGCACUGGAUCAAUGCCACCCUCCAGCUCUCCCUCGCCAAGGUCGAGGAGGCUGCGUCGGGGGCGGUGCAGUGCCAACUGAUGGAUAUGGUUCAUCCCGGAGUGGUGCCGAUGCAUAAGGUUAACUUUGAUGCGAAGACCGAAUAUGACAUGAUACAGAACUACAAGGUUCUUCAGGAUGUGUUCAACAAGCUGCGCAUAGUCAAGAAUAUUGAGGUCAACAAGCUUGUUAAAGGACGCCCAUUGGACAACUUGGAAUUUCUUCAGUGGUUGAAAAGAUAUUGUGAUUCUGUAAACGGUGGAAUUAUGAAUGAAAACUACAAUCCUGUAGAAAGGAGAUCCAAGGGAUGCAAAGAACGUGGUUCAAAGGGUUCCAAUAAGUCAUCUAAAUCAUUGCAGGCCAAUAGACUUUCUGGUGGUGAUUCAGCUGAUGGAGGCUCCAUCGUCUGGAGCCAGUCCUCGCUGGUCAGCUUGAAGCCGAGGGUCGCGAGCUGA